UUGGCAUGCAGCUCAAAGGGAAAGGGAGAAAACAGAGCGGCCCGUCGAUUAAGGCAAGACAGAAAGAAAGGGGGAGAGAGAGAGAGAGAGAAUUAAGUGGUAAAGUGAAAGUGCCAACAGCGUACUUUGUAUUCUGAACAUCGGACCUUCAGCAGACCUAAGCGACCGUUUCUACAACCGACGCUUUCACGGCGAACAGUAAGAGCGCAGUGAAUUCGGUAUCAUUCUCUGAAGGACGUUAAACACACAUCCCGAGAAAACAUGAGUGGGGAUGGCCGUCUGGAGCAGAUGCAGAAGGAGGUGGAUGAGGUGAAGGUCAUCAUGAAGGAAAACUUUGAAAAAGUAGAUGAGCGGCGAGAACACCUUAAGGACCUCGACACCAGAAGUGAACUUCUGCGGCAGCAGAGCAUGAAAUUCUCUAAGACUGCAGUGAAGGUGAAGCAGAAGAAACGCUCGUCUAACAAUAGGAUGAAGGUCCUGCUUGUUGGAGGGCUGGUAGGGCUGGUGUUGCUGGUGAUCAUCAUAGCCGUGCUGGCUAGCUCAUAUAAGACAGACGACUCCAAUGCUGAGCAAACUGUGAAGGCCGGUGGACCAUAGCACUGCCAGAGAGCGAGGGAGAGACAAAGACAGAGCAAUGGGGCAGAAAUAGGUGAAAGGACUGGAGACAAGGAGGAUCCUCUUCAUCUGUUAGUGGUAGGAAAGAUGAUAAUGCAGGGGGAAGGGACAAGGUGUUGGUGAGGUUUAUUCUGACCUCCUAAAUGCUGCUGAGUCUUUGAUUUUCUUAGCCAGACAGAGCUCUUCACACAAGUCUUCAAUAGGAGGAUAUCAUAGGAUAAGAUGGUACAGCAUACGUGAAGCACAUACCUGUUAUUUACGCAACUGCAAAAGCUGGCAGUCAGACAUGGUGCCCAACAGGCUCUAACAGGCAAGAUAAAUCAGGCAUGUUUGAGCCACAUGGCACCUGCUCUACAUUACGUGCAACUGCAUGUUUGAUCGUUUUUCCGUGGUUUUUAUUUCCCUGAAUAUGGAUCAAACAUAAAGCUGGCUUCAAACAGUGCUACUUGUUGUGCCCCAAAAUGUAAAAAAUGGUAAAGGGUUCUGUUAUCUUUAAAGUGGAAUGGGGACUGAAAGCUUAGUCUCUGUUGUAUGAUCUUAUCUUAAUCUUACCAGAGAAAACAAAACCGAAAUUAUUUUCAGCUUAAAUAUGUUCUGAACUGAAACUGACGUAAUGUGGAGUAGUACCGUGCAGAUAUAUUUACAUGUGUGGGUUUUUAUUUUUCGGGAAUAAUUGGCAAACAUCUAUCAUUCCAUUUAUCUGCACAUAAGUGUGUGUGUGUGUGUGUGUGUCUGUCUGUCUAAAAACAAGCAUAGUAUGGGUUUCUAUCAAUCAGGAUUUCACAAAGGAAAGACAAAACCUAAGCAGUACUCAGUUUUGAAUUGUCUCUUUAAAAGUUAUCAUCUUGGGACGUGAAACCCUACCAUUGGUUGACAGCCUCUUUGUAGUAUGUCCGAUGCAUGUGGAAAUAGCAACUGUGAUGAGAAGGGGGAUGGGGCCACAGUAGAGAUCUGUGAUGAAUAAACAGUGCCAGCUGGUCUGAAACGAAACCAGGAAACACAGGAAUACAAGAAACUGUGUUUGUCGGAAAAGUAUAAUACAUCGUACCAGUGCCAACUAGCCUGAAACAAAACAAAGAAACGGGAAAAUACAACAAACUGUGGUUUUGUGCAAGAAACCCUGCUUCCAAUGAAAACUGUUGUGAGGGAAUGUACAAGGAAGGGGUGUGUGGUGAUCUGUGGUGUAUUUAUCCUUCCUGUUCUCAACUGUGAUGUAAACAGUUGUACCUUUUCCAUUGUGUUGUUGCUUUUCCUUGAUUAAAAUAUCAUCAUACUUGUUUUCUUAUUUUUCUGCUGU